GAAGAUUGAUGAAUCAUGAGCAUCAUCACGUAAAAAUCAACGGUGUUGCUUCACUCCUCGGUUUCAGGCUCUUGUUUUAUUUAUUUAUCUACCCCAAACGGACCACUGUUUUCACCUUCACCCUCCUUCACUCACUUCUCUCUUCUUCUUCUUCUUCACUGCUCAUACCAAACCGAAACUUUAGAGAGAGAGAGGAAUAGAGAGAGAGAGAGAGAGCACAACGAAAUUACCCAAGAUGUUGCUGGGUAAGAGACCUCGUCCUCCAAUGAAGAGAACCACCAGCAUGUCCGAAAUAACGUUGGAUCUGAACGCCGCCGCCUCCGAUGCAACCGACCAACGGAGAUCAGGUUCUGGUGGCGGUGCUGGUGGCGGCGCGUUAACACCAAAAAGUCUCAGAAGACAUUCUUCGGAUUUCGUAGACACACCACACUUCCUGCGCGCGUGUGCCCUCUGCAAAGGCCGUCUCGCACCCGGUCGAGACAUCUACAUGGGUGAUAAUGCUUUCUGCAGCCUGGAGUGUCGUCAGCAUCAGAUGAUCCAGGACGAGAGGAAAGAGAAGUUUGUGACGGCGUCGAAGAAGCAAGUCGUGGCUCCUCCACCGUCUGGUUCUCAAAUCGCCGCCACCACCAAGGGCGAAACCACCGUGGUGGCGUUGUAGAUGUGAAAUCCAAACCCAACAUGUCAAAAACGUGUUUUUAUAGCUCCCUCUCUUUCUCUUUAUUCUCUUUUUUAGCGUGGCGACUUUUUGGAUAAUGGGAACGGGUGGCUUUCCUUGCUUACACGCGCAAACUGGAGGAGUGUUAUUUUUGGAACUUGGAAGUACCUUGUAGUGAUCAAUCCCCUUUGGAUUUAGAAUCCAUAGAUAUAAUUAUUGAAAUUCAAAUUGAAUCCACUGUUGCUGCUUUUGCUGUCUAGUUUUCUUUUUCUGCAGUUCGAAACUCUAAUUAUGAACACUUGCAGAUGUUUGAAUAUUAGUUCACAGUUUUCACCA